AUUUCUCAGGUAUAAAAAUCCUUAAAACAAAUAACAAUGGAUUUCUUAAAUUCAUCUGAUCAAAAUCUGACCUCAGAAGAACUGCUAAACAGAAUUCCAUCCAAAAUACUGGUGUCCCUCACUCUCUCUGGAUUGGCACUGAUGACAACGACUAUCAACUCUCUUGUGAUUGCUGCAAUUAUUGUGACCCGGAAGCUGCACCACCCAGCCAAUUAUUUAAUUUGUUCCCUUGCAGUCACAGAUUUUCUUGUAGCUGUCCUAGUGAUGCCCUUUAGCAUUGUGUAUAUUGUAAGAGAGAGUUGGAUUAUGGGACAAGUGGUCUGUGACAUUUGGCUGAGUGUUGACAUCACCUGUUGCACAUGCUCCAUUCUGCAUCUCUCUGCUAUAGCUUUGGAUCGGUAUCGGGCAAUCACAGAUGCUGUCGAGUAUGCCCGAAAGAGGACUCCCAAGCAUGCUGGCAUCAUGAUUACAGUAGUUUGGAUUAUAUCUAUCUUGAUCUCAAUGCCACCUCUGUUCUGGAGGCACCAAGGAACUAGCCGAGAUGAUGAGUGCAUCAUCAAGCACGACCAUAUUGUUUCCACUAUUUAUUCAACAUUUGGGGCUUUCUACAUCCCACUAGCAUUGAUUCUGAUCCUGUACUAUAAAAUAUAUAGAGCAGCAAAGACACUAUACCACAAGAGGCAAGCAAGUAGAAUUGCAAAAGAGGAGCUAAAUGGCCAGAUCCUCUUGGAGAGUGGUGAGAAAAGCACUAGACUGGUCUCCACACCUUACAUGCUAGAAAAGUCUUUAUCUGAGCCAUCAACGGACUUCGAUAAAAUUAAUAGCACAGUGAAAAGCACUAGGUCUGAAUUCAAGCAUGAAAAAUCUUGGAGACGGCAAAAGAUCUCAGGCACGAGAGAACGCAAAGCAGCCACUACCCUGGGAUUAAUCUUGGGUGCAUUUGUAAUAUGUUGGCUUCCUUUUUUUGUAAAAGAAUUGGUUGUUAAUGUCUGUGAAAAAUGUAAAAUUUCUGAAGAAAUGUCCAAUUUUUUGACAUGGCUUGGAUAUCUCAAUUCCCUUAUAAAUCCACUAAUCUAUACAAUCUUUAAUGAAGAUUUUAAGAAAGCAUUCCAAAAACUUGUGCGAUGUCGAUGUUAGUUUUAAGAAAGAUUAUUAUCAAGGAGUGGUUUUGGUGUCGGGGGAGAUAAUUAAAUGAAUGUUAAAUGAUAAAACAUUUAAACUUUUAAAAAGGAAUAUAUGAAAACCGCUAUAAUGAUAAGAACAAAAUUAAUAUUUGAAUAGGAACGUGAAUACAAAGUUUAUUGAUUUAAAUCUAUUUAUUUCAACUCUAAUUCUAGGGUAUUCAGAAUUAGGAAGUAAUUUUAAACAAAUAUAAACAAUACUUUCCCUAGGCAAU